GCCCGGGCGGCGGUGGUCGCGGCCAUUGGCGGAGAGGCGGGAGGGGCGGGGCCCCCGCGAGCCUCUGUGGGCAAAGCCGUGCGCGCGGAGGCAGGCAGGCUGCCGGCUGGGGAGGCACGGGUCGGGCUGGUGCGUUCCAUCCUGGCCAUGGCAGCGGCGCCGCUGAAAGUGUGCAUCGUGGGCUCGGGGAACUGGGGUUCAGCUGUUGCAAAAAUAAUUGGUAAUAAUGUCAAGAAACUUAAGAAGUUUGCCUCCACCGUUAAAAUGUGGGUCUUUGAAGAAACAGUUAAUGGGAGAAAACUGACAGACAUCAUAAAUAAUGACCAUGAAAAUGUAAAAUAUCUCCCUGGACACAAGCUGCCAGAAAAUGUGGUCGCUGUCCCAAACCUCAGCGAGGCAGUGCAGGACGCAGACCUCCUAGUGUUUGUCAUUCCCCACCAGUUCAUUCACAGAAUCUGUGACGAGAUCACCGGGAGAGUACCCAAGGAAGCGCUGGGCAUCACCCUCAUCAAGGGCAUAGACGAGGGUCCUGAGGGGCUGAAGCUCAUUUCCGACAUCAUCCGGGAGAAGAUGGGCAUUGACGUCAGUGUGCUCAUGGGAGCCAACAUUGCCAGUGAGGUGGCUUCAGAGAAGUUUUGUGAGACCACCAUUGGCAGCAAAAUAAUGGAGAACGGCCUUCUCUUCAAAGAACUUCUGCAGACUCCAAAUUUUCGAAUUACUGUGGUAGACGAUGCAGACACUGUCGAACUCUGUGGUGCUCUUAAGAACAUUGUAGCAGUGGGAGCCGGGUUCUGUGACGGCCUCCACAGCGGGGACAACACCAAAGCUGCCGUUAUCCGCCUGGGGCUCAUGGAAAUGAUCGCCUUCGCCAGGAUCUUCUGCAAGGGCCAGGUGUCCACGGCCACCUUCCUGGAGAGCUGCGGCGUGGCUGACCUCAUCACCACCUGCUACGGAGGCCGGAACCGCAGGGUGGCUGAGGCGUUUGCCAAAACCGGGAAGACCAUCGAAGAAUUGGAGAAGGAGAUGCUGAACGGACAGAAGCUCCAAGGACCGCAGACAUCCGCUGAAGUAUACCGGAUCCUGAAACAGAAGGGGCUGGUUGACAAGUUCCCGUUGUUUACGGCAGUGUAUCAGAUCUGCUAUGAAGGCAAACCCGUUCAAGAGAUGUUGUCCUGUCUCCAGAGCCACCCAGAGCACGUCUAAAGUGGAUGGUGCAGCGUUGUGGGGAACGUGUUGCCUUUCUGAUCAGUCUUUUUCGGUCAGAUGGAAACUGGGACUGGGCAAUACGAUGUUUGCUUGACCAUAAUCCCAUCAUGGGUGAGGAUGAAUUUUUACCAGUUCAUUUUUGAAUUGCAAGACGCAGUUCACUGGCUGAGAUGUGGUAGGCAACAAAUAGACACAUGUAUGAAUGUGUGAGUCUGUGUUCAUUUCUCAUGCUGUGGAUAUUUCUAUGAACCAAAAUUAAAGGUCCUUUUUAAAAAAUUACUUUUUGAAUUUUCCCACCAUGAUAGCUUAGAAGAUGGGAAUGAUCUCAGCUAAAUUUUUUACAUCCAAUCCAUAUGCAUUUGAGUGAAGGGAUUUUAUUUUUUCCUCAUUCUCUUUAAGUUAAAACUGAACCAGCAUUUCCAUGGUAGAACGGAGGAGUGAAUGUGUUCAAAGAUCAACAUACUGUAACUUAAACUCUAUCUCAAAGCCAGCAUAAUUAACUACUUUGAUUGUGGGUUGAUCUUUUUUUUUAACAAUUAGAGAUUUUUAAUUGGGUGAUCCACUUAUGUAUCUUCCUCUUCGCAGUUUUCUGCAUUUUUAGCCUCUUUCCUCAUUUGCUGCCAGAAUGUGCUUUCGUAUAGAGGCUCAGCAGUGGCAGAAGGCAGAAAACGCAUCUAGGCUUUUCCUGUUGUGACUGACACAUUCUACUGAUUAAUGACCCUUGUGUGAUGCUUUUUCUUGGGUAGUCCUUUUGUGCAAACAUUUCCUCUGAGCCUCACAGAUCCACUGAGAUGGGACUCCCAUGAUUCCUCUUUCGAGUUGCAGUCAUGGUACCUGGUCACCUGGCAAGUAGGGGGAGAGCUGAGAUUGAAGCCCAGUGUUCCUCCACCCUACCGCGGUGCCCAGACCUCAGGCAUCACCACGCUGAUCCGAUCUCCCAUGAUCCGAUAGGUCAUGGGAAAUGCCAUGUGCAGCCUUUCCUGAGACUCGAACAGGGCUUCAUGCCACUGAGACUGGCGUGGGCCAUUGUCUAGAUGGCUGCCGCUUAGUGUCGUCCUCACUCCAUCAGCUUCCCUUAGAGUCUCAGAAAUGCAGGUUUCCAGGUCCCAUCCCAGGCUUCUCAACUGGGGUGAGGUAUCUGUCUAUACUUCAAUAUGCCUUCCCUGUGUUUCUGAUGGUCACUACAACUUGAGAACCACUACUUCAGAAAGUCUGCUCAGAUUGGCAUUUCUCAAACCAUGUCCCAUAGGACAUGAGUGUCCUGGGAUCCCAUGGUGGUCGGGGUGUUCUCCGGCAAGAUCAAGUCCAUUUGGAAAAAGCUGCCUCUGCACACCCCUCUUGAAGGCUUAGAAUGUGUGUUAGUAUGUCCGUAGAACUAUCUGGCAAGUUCCAAACACUGUAGACGACCAAGGUUUCUUUGAGAAUCUUGCCGAGUCUUUAAGGGAACACUGUUCUAGGCCGUGGUGACCUGAGGACGGCCCAGGUAUACCCUUCACUCCUCGCAGAAGUGAGGAUGAAUGACUACCCACCUGUGGCAUUGUUAGCUCUGAACUUUCACAGUUCAGGCCUGCAAUGAAUCUUCGAUGAAGCUUUAAGGUGACACGGUCAAGUACAACCAAGUGGAGGUCAGCCUCGCUGAAACGCACAUUAUGUCGAAUAAGUGCUUUUAAUUCUACAAUUAGAAUGGGAAUUACUGUAUCUUCUUAAAUGAGAUUGAUUUCAGGAUAGCAUUAUAGUUAUCUUACAUAGCACUUGGAAAGUGUUAAGGGAACGUAUGAAUGUCACUUACAUAUUCAUGGAUUUUCAGUCACUUUGUGAGAUUUUGACUUUUUUUUUUUUUUUUUUUUUUUUUUUAGUUUUCCAGUUGGGACUUUUUUUUCCUUCUAUACCUGAAAUGAUUAUAGAAAAGAUUUUUGUGGGAAUUUUAAAAACUCAAUCCAGAACAUACAGGGGUAAUUUAAAUCGUCAUACACUGAAGUCUAUGAAAGCACACAAAAUCUACAAAUUUCACUGAUCUUUCAUGCCACUCCUAAGUUAAUCAAUUUUUGCUUAUCUCAUGAUUAAUCUUUUUAAAAAUUUGUACAUAGAUAAUAAAGUGUUACUUUUUAAGAUACUUAAAGGGCUGUAAGCUAAUUGUGUCUAUUAAGUAGGGUAACUAGAUGUGAGGAAUUAGGAUUUUGUUUUACAUACGAUGUCAUCUGCAUUCAGCUUCCUGCUCUAGGUUUCCUACUUGUUUUUUCUUCAUGAGUGUUCUCUUGCUGAUCUGAAGUCUGCCGACUGUACCUCUUGAACGUAACUUCUGAUACUCUGCACAUUAAUGGAAAAUGGCAAAUUUUAUGAGUUUGUGCUCUGCUGACUGUAGAUAUUUAUUACUCUCUGAGUUAUCUAUUUUUGUAACCACCUGUGGUCCAUCGUUUGAUUUUAAUUCUUAUUUCUUACUAAUUAUGGUAAAAGGGAGGGAGACAUCUAGAGGAAAAGCUUAAUUUGUACUAGUUCAGCCAAUCUGUGAAUGUAAAAACUUCACUGUUGCCUUGCUAUAAUCCAGCCUACUAUAAUGUGGAACAAGUAUCUGUCUUGACAUCCAUCCUAGCAGGUGGAGUUGAGCUAAACAACUGGUCUUUCAUUUAACUCUUAAAACCUGGCCCCAUGGCAUUGGCCCACAGAGUGAUGAGGUGCCCGUGUACGAAGGGAUCUUUUCGUUUUUCCACCACUUCCAAUCUAAGAGCCUUUUACUCACAUGUGUACUUAUCUGUUUACAGACUGUAGAUGGAUAUAAUUUAAAAUCUUGAUUUAAUAAACCUCUAAUGCCCCAAA